CAGAGAGAGUAGGGAGCAGUUUGAGAUCAGCCAGCAGGGAAGAACUAUCUCACUACUGAGCUCUGGCUCCAGGAACAACUUGGAGGAGCUUGAAUUAUCCAGAUGCAGUUUAUCAACUUAAUAAAAUGACAGCAAGUAAAAACAAUAAGGAGAGAGGUGGAACUAACAUUUGAGAUGCUUCCAUUAACUGGGAAAACAAUAAUAUUUGAUAACUUCCCUGAUCCUUCUGAUACCUGGCAGAUAAUUGAAACCAUUGGCAAAGGAACGUAUGGCAAAGUUUUUAAGGUGUUAAACAGGAAAAAUGGCAGCAAAGCAGCAGUCAAAAUCUUGGAUCCUGUUCAUGACAUUGAUGAAGAAAUUGAAGCAGAGUACAACAUCUUGAGAGCUCUUUCUGAUCAUCCCAAUGUAGUCAAAUUCUACGGAAUGUACUACAAGAAAGAUGUGAAGAAUGGAGACCAGCUCUGGUUGGUUCUUGAGCUGUGCAAUGGAGGAUCUGUGACUGAUCUUGUGAAAGGAUUUUUGAAGAGAGGGGAAAGGAUGGAUGAACUUAUAAUUGCUUACAUUUUACAUGAAGCUCUUAUGGGGCUUCAGCACUUACAUGAAAACAAAACAAUCCACCGUGAUAUAAAGGGAAAUAACAUCCUGUUGACCACUGAAGGAGGAGUUAAACUUGUGGAUUUUGGUGUGUCUGCUCAGUUGACCAGCACUCGUCUCCGUCUGAACACUUCUGUGGGCACCCCUUUCUGGAUGGCUCCAGAGGUGAUUGCAUGUGAGCAGCAGCUGGAUAGCUCCUAUGAUGCCAGAUGUGAUGCAUGGUCACUAGGCAUCACUGCUAUAGAGCUAGGAGAUGGAGAUCCACCUCUUGCAGACUUGCAUCCCAUGAGAGCACUCUUCAAAAUACCAAGAAAUCCACCUCCAACAUUACAGCAGCCAGAGCUGUGGUCACCUGAAUUCAAUGACUUCAUUAACAAGUGCUUGACUAAAGAUUAUGAGAAGCGCCCAACAGUAUCGGAUCUUCUGCAACAUGAUUUCAUUAAGCAAAUUGAGGGCAAGGAGAACAUGUUACAGAAGCAGCUCAUGGACUUUAUUGAUGUUCAUCAACAAAUGGGAGUCACUGAAAAGGCAAGAUUUGAGCGUAUUCAUACAAAGAAAGGGAACUACAAUAAAUCUCAAGUUUCUAACCAGGAGGAUGUAGAUGAUUUAGCAACCUUGGAGGUACUGGAUGAGAAUACAGUGACAGAGCAGUUGAAGAAGAGCUAUGCCAGGGAUCAAAUCUAUACCUUUGUAGGAGACAUCCUCAUCGCCGUCAAUCCAUUUCAGAACCUAGAUAUUUAUUCUACACAGCAUUCCAAACUGUACCUUGGAGCAAAACGGACUGCCAAUCCUCCCCACAUUUUUGCUGUAGCUGACAUUGGUUAUCAAUCAAUGGUGACAUACAACUCAGAUCAGUGCAUUGUCAUUUCUGGAGAAAGUGGAGCUGGCAAGACACAGAGUGCCCACCUUCUUGUUCAGCAGCUCACUGUCCUUGGAAAGGCUAAUAACAGGACUCUUCAGGAAAAGAUCCUCCAAGUGAACAAUUUGGUAGAAGCCUUUGGAAAUGCAGGCACCAUUAUCAAUGAUAACUCCAGCAGAUUUGGAAAGUACUUAGAAAUGAAAUUCACCUGUGGUGGGACCGUAGUAGGAGCCCAAAUUUCAGAAUACCUCCUUGAAAAGUCUAGAGUUGUCCAUCAGGCUCUAGGAGAGAAAAAUUUCCAUAUUUUUUACUACAUUUAUGCUGGUUUGGCAGAAAAGAAAAAACUGGCACAUUAUAAAUUGCCAGAAAAUAAGCCUCCCAGAUAUCUGCAAAAUGAUCAUUUCAGAAUAGUGCAAGAUUUAAUGAACAAUAGUUUCUAUAAGUCCCAGUUUGAAUUAAUAGAGCAAUGCUUCAAAGUCAUAGGCUUCACAAUGGAGGAGCUUGGAAGUGUAUACAGUAUUCUCGCUGCAAUUUUAAAUGUGGGUAACAUUGAAUUUUCUUCUGUGGUAUCCGAGCACAUGAUUGACAAGAGCAACAUUUCUAAUCCAGUAGCUCUUGAGAACUGUGCUUCCUUGCUGUGCAUUCAGGCAGAUGAACUGCAAGAAGCUCUCACCUCUCAUUGUGUGGUGACUCGAGGAGAAACAAUCAUCCGUCCCAACACCAUGGAAAAAGCUACUGAUGUCAGGGAUGCUAUGGCCAAAGCAUUAUAUGGACGCCUCUUUAGUUGGAUAGUCAAUCGCAUCAAUGCUUUACUCAAGCCAGACAAACUUCUAAGUGAAAAUGAUGAUGGCUUGAACAUUGGGAUUCUUGAUAUUUUUGGAUUUGAAAAUUUCAAGAAGAAUUCUUUUGAACAACUGUGUAUUAACAUUGCUAAUGAACAGAUUCAAUUCUAUUUCAAUCAACAUGUCUUCGCCUGGGAACAGAAUGAAUAUCUAUAUGAAGGUGUUGAUGCAAGAGUUAUAGAAUAUGAGGACAACAGGCCUCUCUUAGAUAUGUUCCUGCAGAAACCAAUGGGCUUAUUGUCCCUGCUGGAUGAGGAAAGUCGAUUCCCACAAGCAACAGAUCGGACACUUGUAGAAAAAUUUGAAGAUAAUUUAAAGUCAAAAUAUUUUUGGAGGCCCAAAAGAAUAGACCUAAACUUUGGGAUUUACCAUUAUGCAGGAAAGGUACUUUAUAAUGCAAGUGGGUUCUUGGCCAAGAACCGAGAUACCCUGCCAGCUGACAUUGUGCUGCUCUUGCGGUCCUCCGAAAACACUCUGACCAGACAGCUGGUAACCCAUCCUCUUACAAAAACAGGUAACCUGGCGCAUAGUAAAAGCAAAAGUGCAAUAAAUUACCAAAUGUGGACUCCCCAGAAAUCAAUCAGCCGUAGCAAGCUGGAUUUCUUUGUGUUGUGCAAUUCGUAUUCCUUCCGUGAGAAUGAAACUGAAGAUACAACACAUCAUCCGAGAGAGACAACCAAUAUGAAAACACAGACUGUCGCUUCUUACUUUAGAUACUCACUGAUGGAUUUGUUAUCUAAGAUGGUGGUUGGCCAGCCUCACUUUGUCCGUUGCAUCAAACCAAAUAAUGACCGGCAGGCACAUAAAUUUGACAAAGAGAAAGUACUGGUGCAGCUACGCUACACAGGAAUUCUGGAGACAGCAAGAAUUCGAAGACAGGGUUAUUCUCACCGCAUUCUGUUUUCUAACUUCAUAAAACGGUAUUCCCUCAUCUGUUAUAAAACAAAUGCUGAUCCUCCAGUCAGCCCUGAGACCUGUGCUGCCAUCUUGGAAAAAGCUCACCUUGACAACUGGGUUCUUGGAAAAACCAAAGUGUUCCUCAAAUACUAUCACGUGGAGCAGCUGAAUUUAAUGCGAAAAGAGACAAUUGGCAGGAUUAUUUUGAUUCAGGCUUGUGUCAGGGGGUGGCUGUGUUCGAAGAGAUACCAGAAAAUAAAGGAGAAAAGGAAACAAAGUGCUAUUAAAAUACAGUCAGCUUACAGGGCCUAUGUUGCUCGUAAAGAUUAUAAAAAUGUAAAAAAAAAUCACAAAAGGGAAAUGUUGAUUACCAGCUUUCAAGCAGUUGCAAGAGGAUACUUAAUCAGGAAGAAAAGGAAAGAACAGACAGAUACAAUUAACAAAGCAGCAACAACAAUUCAGUCUCACUACAAGGGAUACAGGGAGAGGAAGAGCUUUGAAAAAAAGAGGGAAUCAUUUGUGAAGAAGGAAAAAACUGAAAAUGCAGGCUCCAUUAGUGUAAUGGAAGAAGAUGAGCAACCUCAAGGCAAUGAAGAAAACCCUGCUGGGAUGAAGAGUACUUCUUCUCAGACUGAAGAGGAGGCAGCUGUCAUUGUGCAGAGCAAUUACCCAAGCUACAGAGAGAAUAAAAAUCUAAAGGAACAAAGCAAAACAAUGUCAGAACAGGAGUUAUCUCCAGCAGAAAACCUCAAGCCAGAAGUAAAGCCAGAUGAAAAUGUAGCACAGGAGGCUGAGGCUGAGAGAGGCAAAAAAGAUAAGGCUGCUACUGUCAUUCAGAGCAGGUACCGUGGACACCUGGACAGAAAGAACCUAGAGGAUAAAAGGAAAAUGCCUCCAAGAGGUGGUGAUGCUUCUGACAAACAAAACCUUCCAGAGCAGAAUCUCAGUGACAGUAAAAACCAGAACUCUUUGAAGCAGCCAUCUAGCAACACAUCUAUCAAAAUAACAACCAAACCUGGCCUCCAAGAGCAGACUGCUGAGAAAACAGACAGUACAGAUGACCAAAAUCAAGUGUCCAUGGUUGUCCAAAAUGAGCAUGAGAGUCACCUAGAUACAAACCAUCAGAAACACAAAGGAAUAGUGCCUGUUGAAAGUAAAGGCAAUAUACAAAAAGACUCAAUAAGAUGUUCACAUAAGCAAGUCAAGUUGGAAAAGCAAAGUUCAGAAGAUCAAGAGAAGGCAGCAGUGGUAAUUCAGAGUAAUUAUCGGGGUUACAAAAGAAGGGGGGAACUCAGGAAAGAGGGCAUAUUACCAUGCAGAAAUCAAGAGAGAGGCACAAAGAAGCCAUUAGCAACAACAGUACAUUUUCAAAACCAUGAAAGAGAAUGUUCUCAUUUGGCUGAUGACCAUAAGACUCUCAGGGAAGGCUCAGAGAAAGAAGCCUGUGAUUUGGCAACCUUUUCAAGACAGAUAUCAAAAUUAUCUGAAGACUACAUAGCACUGCAACAAAAAUUGAAUGAAAUGAUUUUGUCACAUCAGCUGACGCCUGUGAUUAUAUCCAAAGAAAAGCAAACAAAUGGUCAACUUUCUCCUCACAUGUGUCAGUCAGUUGCUUGCAAUGCAGAGGACUGUCGUCCCAAGCAGAGACCAACAAGGAGACCACGGAGACCCAAGUCUUUAAAUAAUCCUGAAGAUUCCCCAUACUAUACUCUAGUGCAUAAAUCAGUACAAGAAGAAAAACGGAAACUAAGAAAGGACAGUUUGGACAAGAUGCUUGAUAGAGAAGAUUUAUACUACCAAGGAAUUUCAUCUAUUGAUGCUGUAUCAAAGAAUAGUUAUACUGGCCGAAGAGAAAAGAGACAACCGGCUGAGCUCAGGAGUUCAACUAUAAUGGCUAGUGAAGGGUCAAGGGUUGCAGAGAGCCCCCUGGAAGAGAGCAAAAAUGAAGAUAAUCCCUAUGACUACAGAAAAUUGCUGCGGAAAACCUCUCAGCGCCGGCGCCUUAUCCAGCAAUUCUAGUUGCUGCUGCCAUUUGGCUUUUAUUAGCAUAAUCUUUUUUAUGAUUUUAUACCAUAUGCUUUCCUUUUUUUUUGUAUGGCUAUUUCCAAUAUUUCGCAUUUACAGUGUUUUUUUCAUUUGAAUACAAACUAUUUUAAUUUGUGGUCCCACCUCCUGUUGAAGGGACACUGUCAAGUUAAAAAAAAAACAUAUUUAAAAAAUAAUCCACAGAGUUUCCUUUGCUGAUGUUCUUAAUCCAUUUCAAGAUUAUAAAACAGGAAAGAAUGUUUAAAAAGUAGUUUACUUUCUUUAGCAUAGAUUGUUUUCUACUUUUGCAUUUCUUUCAUCUUUAAACUAUGUAAAUAGACCAGUUAAUAACCAGUAAAUAGACCAGUCCUUUCCUACUCAGGUUCCCACCCUGACAGAAAAUUAAUUUAACAAACAGAAGAAUGAAUUAGCUGCAUUGGAUUUUUAAUUGCAUGUAACCAUUCGUUUUGGUUUAUGCCUUACAAUGCCUAAAUUAUAGAGUAAAUCUUCAUAUAAAUUAUUCAUGGCACAGUAUAUCCUAAACUUAUUUCCUUAUCGACUAUGUACUGUAAGGCUCUGGGGUGGGGUUAGAGGUCAAUAUAGUGUGUGUAAUCUUUAUCUGGGAAAUGUUUAUAUACAGGACAGGACAUCUAAGCACAACCUUCUCUCCUGCCCCCUCAGCUCUGUGGAUAAACUCCUGAAUUUUGUUUGCUUUGUUCUCCUUUCUAAAUGGGUAUUGUUUUUUGUUCAGGCAUUUUAAUUUCUGGGUGAUGGAGAAAUGUCGAGGGAAAUAAAAAUUGGUCUGUUGCUGCCUCGAAGGUAAAGACCAAUUGCAAUCAGUUCCACCAGGGUGCAAAGGGAAUAGCCACUUCAAAAAAAAAAAAAAAAUCCACCCAAAAACCUAUUUUACAAGAGGCCUGGCAGAAUGGAUGGAGAUAAUUAGUGCAUUCACACCCAGGUGGAAUUCCAGGUCUGAUAAUUGCACUCUCCCAGCUGUAAAGGGAGAAAGGCAGACUUCAUCAAGCAAACAGUCCCCAGAGGGUGAGGGCCAAAUCCCGCUCCCUCGCUCAAGCCAGUCGCCCGGACUGCAGUGACUGCCAGCGGCGUCCAGUUCUGCACGAAGCCCUUUAAAGGGAGACACCGCCGCCCUGGCCCCGCGCGCAGCCAGCCCGGCCGCGCCGCUCGCUGCUCGGGGCAGAGCCCUGCCUGCGGCCGCCUCUCACUCGCGGCAGAGGCGGGUUUGCUCUCGCCGCUCUUCCUCGGGUGUCAGUCUGGAAAUCUCUUCCUUCCUCUCUAGCAGUAACGCGGCGGAGUAAAUAAAGAAGGACGCGAGUUAA